AUGCCAAAAGUAAAGAAAGAGCGGACCAAAUACCAUCACGCGGCGAAAAAGGCCGAUUCUAGCGACGAUGAAGAUCUCAAAGAGCUUGGACUCGUCUUCAAAAUCCCGCCGCCAAAGCUUCCUCUAUUGACGGAGAAUCCUUUCUCUGGGGAGACCUUGGAGGAUGAUCGAAUGUCAAUGGCGUCUUCAAGAAUGAGUUCUCGAAGCUCGACUUCCCGGCUUGGUCGGGAUGGAGAUGGAAAGAAUGUGACGAAAAAGCAAAGAAGGCAAGCCAGACGAGAGUUUCUUAUUCAGCGGUUGAAUAUUUCUAAACAAGUCGAGCAGGAUAUGAAAAAUUAUGUCGAGAAAAAGGAAAAGGGAGGAACCGCGGCGACUCUUGAUAUGCUCAUGGAUAGCUUACCAACGCAGCCGGAGUUAUUUACCGAGGAUAUAAUUGCGGAAACAAACAGACGAGCUCUGAAUCCCAAUCGACUGACGCAAAACGACUGUAGAAAUACCUGCAACAAGCGAGGAAAGAAAAUGGUGGAGGAAGAAGUAAAGGCGUUCCAGGAAAGAGUAAAAGAAGCGAGCGAAGCUGUGCCGACGAAACUGUCCAUUAUGGAUCAAUUGAAACAAAUGAAAGAAAAGAUGAAAGAAAAUGUGAAAAAGCAGAAUGCUUUGUUGGAGGAAUCGGCCAAGGUGGCUGAGUUGCAGUCUGCUGGAUACUGA